AUGGAAUGGCGAUUGAUGCCGAUGAAAAUGAAGUACCCCGAAGUCGUCGUCUCCAAACCCUUCAUUGCCCUCAACAAAUCCCCCCAAUUAGUUUUCACCUACCUCCGUCGCCACUCUCCCACCAGCUCCUCCCUAUUGAUUCGUCGCGACAUAAACCAAACCGUCCUCUCUCUCCACCUGUACCCACGUAGAGGGAGGAAAGGAAAAAUUGAAAUGAACGUCGCAAUCACAAAGGGAAAUUAUGGGGUAAAAAGAACGAUGGUUGCUUCCUCGACAGCAGCGAGCAUCACUCCUCCGAGUCAGGUCCCAUGCCCGGCAGCGCCGCCGUUGCCUCCUCCUCUGUACAGCAGGCAAUUGGAAUGGGGGAAGGAUUGCUCAAAACUCGACAAAACCGAAAGGGAAGUAGGGAUUAGGGAAGGGGGUUCGAUUUGGGAUGACUAA